AUGGCUGUCGUUCGGACACUGCAGGUUCUCCUGCUCUCAUGUCUUGCUAUUCUCAUCAUCCCUACUCAUGGCUUCCUCAAUGCGACUGAAAACGCAAAAGCCCUGGUCAUCGCCAACGACCGCCUAUAUGCCUCCGUCAACAAAUCAACCGGAAUCAUGGACACCCUAACCCUCGAUGGCCAAAAUCUGCUCGGCACCAAAGAGUACAAUGAAGUCACUCCUGGAGGCAACGCCGCUGGUCAAAACGGCAUUGGACCGUACCUAGAUUGCUAUUGCGUGCCUUCUGGAUCCUAUACGCCUGGCAAGUAUGCAACCUUUAAGCUGUACAGUGGCAGUGAUUCGACUGGUGUAAAGUAUGGCGGCGUGGUGAUGUCUGAGGUGUACCCGUUGACUGGUCAGGUGCUGGAGCAGUAUUGGUUCCUGAGGGAGACGGAGACGGGCUUGCAUACGUUUUCGAGGCUUGCGUAUCAUAACGAGACGAAGCCUUUCUUGAGGAAUUUGCAGGAGUUCAGGACGCUGUUUAGGCCGACUACACCGCUGUGGACUCAUCUCUCUACUAAUGAGAGAAUCAAUGCUCCACUGCCAUCUUCGGAUACUUUGAAGUACUCCAGAACAGUCCAGGAUGCAACUUGGUACAUUGGCAACUAUACUAAAGCGCCGUAUGUUGAACAUUUUGCCGACUACUUUACCAAGUACACUUUCUCAGACGAAUGGAGAGAUCAUAGAGUCCAUGGAAUAUAUGGUGAUGGUUCUCAGAGCAAAGACGGAUCCACGUUCGGAGCUUGGUUGGUGAUGAACACAGUGGAUACUUAUUUUGGAGGUCCAACGCACUCCGAUUUGACAGUUGAUGGAAUCGUGUACAACUAUAUCUCCUCAAAUCAUCAUGGAGACAAUGUACCCAACAUCACAACAGGCUUUGACCGAACCUUUGGACCCCAAUACUUCCACUUCAACAAAGGCACCAACACAACAAGCCUAGCAGAGUUACGUGCAGAAGCCGAAGAAUUUGCCUCUCCAACCUGGAACACCGCUUUCUACGACUCCAUCGCUCAUCUGGUGCCAAACUACAUCCCCUCAACACAGAGAUCAACCUGGAAAGGGCGCAUUGAUCUGCCCAAAGGUGCUAAGCGUCCGAUUGCAGUGCUUGCUCAAAACGGUGUGGACUUCCAGGAUAACGUCCUAGACACAAAGGCAUACCAGUACUGGGGUGAUAUUGACAAGAAAGGCAAUAUUGAGAUCCCGAUGGUCAAGCCAGGGGCCUAUCGUCUGACGAUAUAUGCUGACGGUAUCUUCGGGCAGUAUAUCCAGGAUGAUCUUGUGAUUGCAGUUGGUAAAGUCACUACGACGAAAGCAAAGUGGCGUGAAGAGUCCGCCGGCAAAGAGUUGUGGCGCAUCGGCACCCCUGAUCGCAGUAGCGGAGAGUACAGGCAUGGUGAUCAGCCUGAUCCAAGCAAGCCUCUGCAUCCUCCGGAGUACAGAAUCUAUUGGGCCAAUUGGGAUUUUCCGACCGAUUACCCCGAUGGUGUCACCUUCGAGGUCGGCAAGAGUGACGAGAGCAAGGAUUUCAACUAUGUUCAUUGGAGUGUCUUUGGCGGAUAUGCAAACUCGGUCAGACCAGAACCAUACUAUGAGAACGUCAACAACUGGACUGUGUUGUUCGAUGCAAAGAAGAACGAUCUGAAGAAAGCCAAAGAUGCGACUCUCACCAUCCAACUAGCAGGUGCAAAGACAGCUGCUGGCAAUACCGACAACUGGAACGCAACACAACUGUGGAACAACCUGCCUUUGACAGUAGUCAUGAACGGCAUUGAACUCGAACCAUGGGACAUCCCUUGGAACCAGAGCAGUUCGUGCGCUACCAGAUCCGCGGUAGUAUGCUACGCAUUGGCACAUAAAUAUGAGUUCGAUGCGAAUCUUCUGAAGCAAGGUCAGAACAAGAUAAUCUUGAGCUUGCCGUUCAACGCAACAGAUUACGAGAGCGCGGUUCUUCCAAGGAGUACUUAUGUCCAGUAUGAUAGCUUACGGCUGGAGGUCAAGUAG